AUGUUCAAAUUCAAUACAGACGAGAACUCAUUCAAGGACACAUCUAUUGUCGCAAGGAACUGUUUUGACUCCAAAAAGAAUAAAAUGGCCGUAGAAGUACAGCAAAUCAUCGAACUUAUCCUCGCUAUCUUCCUCCCGCCCUUGGCCAUCUUCAUCCAUGGUUCUGACUGUAAUAUACACGUCGCCGUCAAUAUUGUUCUCUGUUUCUUCUUCUACUUGCCAGCCAUUAUCCAUGCUCUAUGGUACUGCUUCUUCCGUGGAUAAACAAACAAACCCGCACCAACAUUCACAUAUACAGAGAUCGUAAACGUAAACAUUGUUAAAUAAAAAAAACGGCAGCAACCACAACGAUUACCCUGAAUUCUAAAGCUCAUUAUUCGCACUCUAAUCGAUAUAAUCUCGGAUUUUCUGAAUGCACCGUCGCCAGAUUACCUGCCAACACAUUCGCCUGAUG